AUGUUUCCCAGAUCGAUGCGUACGUUUUCCACCUCGAGUGCCUCUUUGAAGAAAUUGAAGAUUGGCCUUAUUCCUGGUGAUGGUAUUGGACGUGAAGUGAUUCCUGCUGGCCAGGCGGUGUUGGAGAAGUUGCCUCAGAAGUACGACUUGCAGUUUGAUUUUGUCACUUUGGACGCUGGCUACGAGUUGUUCCAAAAGACUGGCACGGCUUUGCCUGAUAAGACCGUGGAGGUGUUGAAGAACGAGUGUGACGGUGCUCUUUUCGGUGCUGUUUCGUCUCCUAGUGUCAAGGUGGCCGGCUACUCUUCUCCAAUUGUGGCAUUGAGAAAGAAGAUGGGCUUGUACGCCAAUGUCAGACCUGUCAAGUCUGUGGACGGUGCUGACAAGCCGGUUGAUAUGGUUAUUGUUCGUGAGAACACCGAGGACUUGUAUGUCAAGGAAGAGAAGACCUACAACGCCGAGGACGGCUCUAGAGUGGCCGAAGCCAUCAAGAGAAUCUCUGAAAACGCUACCUCCAGAAUUGCUGCUAUGGCUUACGACAUUGCUUUGCUGAGACAGAAGAUCAGAGAGACUUCUAACCUUAGCAGUCUCCACUCCAAGCCUUCCGUUACCGUUACCCACAAGUCUAAUGUCUUGUCAGCUUCUGACGGUUUGUUCCGUGAGGUUUGUAAGAACGUUUGGGAGUCCAACAAGGACAAGUACGGUUCUGUUGAGUACAAGGAACAGAUCGUUGACUCUAUGGUUUACCGUAUGUUCAGAGAACCUGAGAUUUUUGAUGUUGUGGUUGCUCCAAACUUGUACGGUGACAUUUUGAGUGACGGUGCUGCUGCCCUUGUCGGUUCUUUGGGUGUUGUUCCUUCUGCUAAUGUUGGUGCUGACUUUGCUAUCGGUGAGCCAUGCCACGGUUCUGCCCCAGAUAUCGAGGGUAAGGGUAUCUCCAACCCAAUUGCUACCAUCAGAUCUACCGCUUUGAUGUUGGAGUUCAUGGGCUACCAGGAGGCUGCUGCCAAGAUCUACGAGGCUGUCGACGCUAACUUGGUGGAGGACAAGGUCAAGACCCCAGACUUGGGCGGUAACUCCACCACCCAGCAGGUCAUUGACGACAUUGUUGGACGUUUUUAA